AUGGCAGCUAAUGCCUCCCAGGGUACUCUCAGUGCAAGAUUGGUCAAAGAGUAUGAUAUUGCGUUCGUAUCUACCGGAGACGUCUUGCGCAAGGAGAUAGCAGCAAAGUCGAAAGUUGGUCAGAGGGCAGAAGCAUUAGUGGCGAAGGGAGACCUCGUACCGGACGAGCUCAUGUUGGAGAUCGUCAAGACCGAGCUGGACCGUCUACAAGGCAAGAGCUGGAUAGUUGACGGAUUCCCACGGACACUGCCUCAAGGCAAGCUAUUCGACGGCAUGUUGAAUCAAGACGGCCGGUCACUCAACAUGGUCGUGCACCUUAACGUACCGGAUACGAUCAUAUUAGACCGUAUAGAAGCUCGAUGGGUUCAUCUUGCCAGUGGAAGAGUGUACAAUACAGAUUACAAUCCUCCGAAAGUCGAGGGCAAGGACGAUAUCACUGGUGAAGCAUUGACCAAACGGCCGGACGACACGGCGGCCGUCUUCUCCAAACGUCUCGAAGCGUACUACAAAUCCACGGCGCCACUCCUGGAGGUAGGCGCCCACACACCCUUUCCGAGCCCUUCUGAAUGGGAAUAG